GAAGAAGACCGCACGCACACGCACCCCUCCUCUGUCUCGGUUGGGUACCGGCGCCAUGGCUGGACUUGCAGAGGAUGAGAUCGUGGAGCACACGCUGACGCAGAUCCAGGAGUGCUACCUCUUCGAGCUCCCCCCGCGAGUCAGGGCCCAGGGAUGGCUGGCUGCCGACAUGACGAAGCAGAUGUGGACGGGCCGCAUGAGGGUGGUUCAAAGGGGCCAGGAGGCGGCGAUCAUGCUGGUCGACAGACGGGACGGCAAGCUGUUCGCCAUGUGCAAGGUGGCGGACGGGGCGGUGGAGCGAGUCCCGGACAGCAGCCGCUACUUCGUCAUCAAGAUCCAGAACGCCCAAGGCAGACACGCCUUCGUGGGGCUGGCGUUCGACGACCGCAACCAGGCGUUCGACUUCAACGUUGCCCUCCAGGAGUUUAAGAAGGACAUUGAGCGGAGCGCUAAGCUAAAGGAGGGCGGGCAGGGUGGCGGCGACUCGGGCGGGGAUGGGGGGAAGGCGGCUGCCGCGACACCGAAGGUCGACUUGAGCCUCAAGCAGGGGGAGAAAAUCAAGAUUAGCAUAGGGGGUGGUUCCAAGGCGUCUUCUCGCCCCAGGAGGGCGGGGAAGACCACCGGCGGCGGCGGCGGCGGCGGCGGGCUUACCCUAGCUCCGCCCCCAGGGGACACGGCACGAAAAACGGGCGGAGGAGGAAUCGGUCUGCUAGCGCCGCCGCCAGGAGACACCCGGCGCGCCCGCGCCACAGCUAAGCCGUCCUCGCCGGCGGCGCCGGCGAUGCCCAGCGGAGGAGGACCAUCGUACUCUCAGGCUCCAUCGGGCGUCGGAAGUAGCAACAGUAGCAGCAGCAGCAGCAGCGGUUCCGCCGGCGCGAUAGGCAGCAGCGCCGCCACUCCCUCUGCGCCACAGCAGUUGUUCCCUGGGGUAGGAGGAGGUGGCGGGGGCCAGGGGUCGGGGAUGAUGAUGCCCACCCAGCAGGCGGCAGGCGGAUCGGGUUCCCAGGGCGGAGGCGGUGGCACUGGGCUGCUGGGGAUGUCGGGGGGGGGCACUACAACAACGCAACCACCCCCCCCGUCGGCGCGACCAGAUGACGACGACCCGUUUGGGCUGGGACUGGGGUCGUCGACUGCUGCGCCGGCGGCGGCGGCGGCGGCAGCAGCAGCAGCCCCGCCGAGACAGCAGGGCGCGGAGUUCUCCUCUUUCGCGUUCUCUCCCCCCCCCCAACCCCAGCAAGGGGGCCCCGCCGCCGCAGGAGAGUGGGGGGGGGGGGGGGGGCUCUCCGAUAUGUCCGGGNUGCCAGGUGGUGGUGUGGGAUCGCUGGCUCCGCAACAGCGAGCGGCUAGCGCGGGUUUGCCGCAAGCCGACCCGUUUUCUCAACCAGCACCCCCGGCGAUGGGAUAUCCAUCGGCAUCUCCUCCUCCGCAGGGGGGGGUUGGGGGAGGAGGGGACGCUGGCGGGGGGGCACCGGGGAAUCAGACCGUGAACAACCUGCUUGAGGAUCUGUUCUGAAGUUGUUGCGAGAGAGGAGAGGGUGGCGUGGUGUUGGGCUGACUGUUGUUCAGCAACAACAGCAGCCCUUCCAAGUGUGAGGGCUGGUUUUACAUCGGAUCAAGUAGAAGCCCGUUGGAUUGCGGCGCUCUUCCGAACCGGAUUUCGUUCGUGCUUCCUUGGUACAGACAGAGGCGUUUUGUCCAUCGACGGGGAGGACCCGGUAAGGGCGGGGAGCGGUCGGUAGGGGGGUAAGUAACACCUAAUUACCAGUUCUCUUUUCGUUUGUACCAUUGGUUGUGUGCUGUUUCUCGAACGAACGUAGAUUCGUCACGACCACCUUGUUUGGGACGGAACGAAGGGAUACCGUCCCUCGUUUUCUGGGUCCCGCGUGACGGAGCUGCUGCUGUGCGUUUCCAACGCUUGACGCUUUGUGUGCAUCUUUUUCGUUCCCUUCCUAAAUCAAUCAAUCGUUUCGAGGUACUUUGAACUCCUUUUUGUCCGUCCAUUCACAUCCCUUCUUUCUGCUUCACCCUUAAAUCCUGUGCCCCUAUGACGGGUGUACAAAUGUAGUCCUUUUAUGCAGGGGGAGGGGGGGCAAGCGGCUCUUCCUCUAAGGUGUACUAUAGAACCCUCCUUAAAUUCUACCAGUG